GGCGCAAGUGCAGGAUGCGCAUCUUCACGGUGGCCCAGAUGGACGACAACAGCAUCCAGAUGAAGAAGGACCUGACCACCUUCCUCUACCACCUGCGCAUCACGGCCGAGGUGGAGGUGGUGGAGAUGCACGAGAGCGACAUCUCGGCCUACACCUACGAGAAGACCCUGAUGAUGGAGCAGCGGUCCUUCAUCCUGAAGCAGAUGCACCUGACCAAGACGGAGCGGGAGCGGGAGAUCCAGAGCAUCACGGACGAAUCCCGGGGCUCCAUCCGGCGCAAGAACCCCCCCAACACCCACCUGUGCCUCAGUGUCCCAGACGAGCAGGUGGGCGACAGCGAGGAGAAGCCCGAAGAAGAGGUGCAGCUGAUCCACGACAAGAACGCCACCAGCUUCUCGGCUGAGUCGCAGUCGCCGGGGGAGGAGGCGGAGACCGAGGCGGAGGCCGCGCCCGAGAAGGUGCACCUCACCUGGACGAAGGAGAAGGAGGCCGGGAAGAGCAAAGCCAAGAGCCCCGUCAGCUCCGAGAGCAUCAAGGACUUCUUCAACAUGAAGCCGGAGUGGGAAAACCUGAACCAGUCCAACGUCCGGCGGAUGCACACGGCGGUCCGGCUGAACGAGGCCAUCGUGCGGAAGUCGCAGGAUGCGAAGCUGGUGCUGCUCAACAUGCCGGGUCCCCCCCGGAACCGCAAGGGGGACGAGAACUAUAUGGAGUUCCUGGAGGUGCUGACGGAGCACCUGGACCGGGUGCUGCUGGUGCGUGGGGGAGGCCAGGAGGUGAUCACCAUCUAUUCCUGA